AUGUCGACUAUUAACCUGCACCCCCCACAAACGUACUCGCGCCUGUUCCGUCCCUGGGACACGCAGAGGCAGGCGGCCGCCCCACCAGCCAGGACGGUGAAGAACGAACCCGAAACGGUCACCAUCAAAACGGAGCUACCCAGCAGCAGCUUCGGCCACGACAGCGACUCCUCUUCCUCGUCGAACAGCAGCAGCAGCAGCAGCAGUAGCGGCAAGUCCAGCUACGAUGAUGGAUACACCCGCACCUCCACCCCCCUGCUGGAUGUUACGCCACAGCCCGUCUUCCCGCAUCCCACGUGCUCCUCUGCCUCCUCUGCCUCCCCGACUGUGGCGCCAUCCCAGCAGAUUUCGCCGCAGCAGUCGCCCUUCAUGCCAGCGGCCAGCGAUCUGUACUAUGCGGCUGCCGCAGCUGCAGCCGCCGCCGCUGCAAGCACUCCCGCCGGUGCCGCUGCGGCCGGCUUCGGCAUGGAUCCGUUCACGCUGGGUCUGAUGGAGCAGGAGUAUGCCCGGGUGAUGGCAGAGGACGCCCAGCUGAAGGCCCUGAACGCCCGCAAGCAGCGCCCCAAGAAGUUCAAGUGCCCGCACUGCGACGUGGCCUUCUCCAACAACGGCCAGCUCAAGGGACACAUUCGCAUCCAUACCGGCGAACGCCCCUUCAAGUGCGACGUAGACACCUGCGGAAAGACCUUCACUCGCAACGAGGAGCUGACGCGCCACAAGCGUAUCCACACUGGACUGCGUCCGUAUCCGUGCAGCGCCUGCGGAAAGAAGUUCGGUCGCCGGGACCACCUGAAGAAGCACAUGAAGACGCACAUGCCGCAGGAACGCCAGCUGGGUCCGACCAUCUUCGUGCCAAUGUACCCAUAUCUGUAUGGCUACUGA